AUGACGGAGACGCACGCAGCUCCCAAGCGGAACAUACCGAGAAAGGUAGCGGUGGAUGCACCCGGUCAAGGUCGGAUCACUUCCUAUUUUACUCGUCGAGCUGCUGUGGCGGCAAGCCCGACACAGACAUCCUCUCCCUCAGUUGCUGCUUCUGCGGUUGCCGUCGCCAAGACAGGCUCAGCAUCGUCGAGGCCGUCUCCUGCCAAACAACGCAAGCCAACUCCAACCCCAGCUAGCGACUCAUCCGACAUCAGCUCCGACUCGGGCCUGGACUCGGAUUCCGAUAAUGGUCUCUUUCGAGGACGAGGUAGACGUCGUCGUAGGCCUGUCUCUGACAGUGACGAAGACUUUCAACCUCACAAGCACGCCAAUGCAGCAGACGAUGAUGAUGAUGACGAUGACCACGACAGAGAUAGCGCCUCUUCUGUGUGCAUUACGGGCGAGACUCGCUCCGCCACUCCCUCCACCAGCGUGCCCGAAACACCAGCGGAUGUCGAUGCAGCCCACGCCGGCUACCUCUUCGGCUCCGACCCCUUUGUCUUCGUGGGCGGCAAAAUUGACGUGGCUCCACUAAGGACCAUCUCGAACCUGCCCAAAUCCUCUUCACAGCGCUCGCUUCGAUCCUCUGGUCCACCCGCAUACGCUUCCACGAAGCUGUUUUCGCUCUUCAAGUCGCCUGGCAGCAAGAACAAGCGGUCCUACGAGAAUCUCUAUCAGGAGGACGACUUUCUCGACGAUGAUGACGACAACGACGAUCAAAAGCCGCGUUCGAGAGGAGGUGCUGUUGCUGCUGCAAAGGGUCGCACAGGUGCCUCGGUGCCUUCCUUCUCCAGCGGCAAGGGCUGGAAGUCCAAGUUUGCGCAGAAGCAACCUUUCCGAAAGAUGCCCUUCGUGCCCUCACCAGCAGAGAUCGCCGAGAUGCGUCUACAAGUCAAGCAAAAGGCCGAGUCCAACUCGUAUCCACCUAUCCAUGAUCUUGCGGACAUCUUCCGUGACAUGAUCGAUCGCGCGCCCGCCAUCCUCGAACUCGCCAAGACCCUCAAGGACCGUCCUCUUCGCGUAGCGACCAUGUGCUCCGGUACCGAGUCGCCGCUCCUGGCCCUCGAACUCAUGUGCCGAGCCAUUCACGAAAAGCACGGCAUCCGCAUCAAGAUUGAGCACGUCUUUUCCUGCGAGAUCGAGCCUUUCAAGCAAGCCUACAUCGAGCGCAACUUUUCGCCUCCCAUCCUUUUCCGUGAUGUCACCGAGCUGGGCGGCAAAAGGGCACACACCGCCUACGGCGCGCUCGUCGACGUUCCCGGCGAUGUCGACAUUCUCAUUGCAGGAACCUCGUGCGUCGACUACUCGCAUCUCAACAACAGCAAAAAGGGCCUCAAUGACGGCGGAGAGAGUGGACGUACCUUCCGCGGCAUGCUCGAGUGGGUCAUGCGCCACCAGCCCACCUUGGUCAUCCUCGAGAAUGUCAAAAACGCGCCCUGGGUCGGUGUCGCAGAGACCAUCGUCGCCGAGGCAGGCUACGACGUCGGCUUCAGCAAUACUUUUGACACCAAGAAUUACUACAUCCCGCACACGCGUCAGAGAGGAUACUUACUCGCCUGCAGGAACAACAAGAACUCGCUGCCCCAAAACUGGGAGCUCAUCACCAACGUCCUCAUGCGACCCGCCUCCUCGCCUCUCGACGCUUUUCUUCUGCCCACCGACGACCCGCGUAUUCAGCGCGUCCGUCGUCAGUUUGCGCAUGGAGAAGGCUUGAGCAAAGGCAGGUCAACCAUCGACUGGUCGAAAUGUCAGAGUCGACACGAGCGAGCGCGAGACGAGGAGGAGCUCGGCAAGACGCGUCCCCUCACUGCAUGGGAGGAGGGAGGAACGUGCAAGAUGUCACACGACGGCUGGAACGAGUGGGCCGUUCGUCAACCAGAACGCGUCACCGAUUUGCUCGACAUCACCACGCUCCGCUUCGCUGCCCUGGGACAGGACCCUAUCUACAAGUCGAAGAUUUGGGAGCUGUCGCAGAACGUCGACCGCAACGUCGCUGCUUCUCGGCCAGGGAUCGCUCCCUGUCUUACGCCGUCAGGUAUUCCUUUCCUGACCUCCCGGGGUGGCCCGCUCAUCGGUCUCGAGGCGCUCUCGCUCCAAGGUCUCCCGCUGGACGAACUGCUUCUCACUCGCGAGACCGAUGAUCAGCUUCAAGAUCUCGCGGGGAACGCCAUGAGCUCCACCGUGGUGGGUGCCUGCGUUCUCGCGGCGCUUCUUGUCGGUAUGGACGAUCUACGCGAGGACGGCAUCAAGAGGAAAAAGGUGUCGGACAAGAAGAGCGAACAAAACGCUGUCAGCAAUGUGGUCGAAAAGGUGGUCGACCAGGACAAGAGCGAGAUUGCGCACGACGACCUCCUCGCUCCGCAGCCGCUGGAUCUCACUACCAGUAAGACCGUCUCGAUGCCCGAGCUUCUCAGUGCCGCCAUCAACAGUGCCCAGCUGUGCAAUUGUGAAGGCCGAAGUCGCGUCGUCGAGGUCGCCGUCUACCGAUGUGCCGAGUGCGAUCACACCGCCUGUGAGACGUGCAAAGGUCGUCCCGUCCACAAGUUUGUCCCUGAUUCCUUGAUCCGCUCUUCCCCAGACGACUUUGCUCCGCUGCUGAAAGCCGCUCUGCCUAUGCGUCUCGAGGCGCAAGGACUGACCGCCGAGCUUGUCACGUCGCUCAUGAAGAACCUGCCGUUCGAGAGCGACUCACUCGCCAAACGCUGGUGCAAGCGUGUCGUCCAGGUGCUUGGGUCCGCUGAGUUUCGCUUCCAGACACUGCUGCGCCAGAAGGUCUGGCAAGUCCAGUAUGCCGCGCCAGGCGCGCGACUGGAUCUUCUUCUCGACCCCGUCGAGCCCCAUUGGCGCAUUUUCGUUGAUCCCUCGGUAGACGAACCUGCCGGCAGCCCUCUCCGCAAGCUGCUCGUCCAGCCCGUCGCACGCAUGCCCCUCGAUUCCAAAGCCGAGAACGUCGACUUGCUCCACGGACAUUGGCAGCUGUGCUUGCCCACAACCAAGGUGACAUCCGUCUCGAUUCGCAGCAAGGGCCAACAGGUGCCAACCUGGCAGAGCGCCAUGGGUCUCGGCGGCCAGUCGGCGGACAAGCUUCGAUACUCAGAGAUGCAUGUCACCGUCUCCGAGGACGUGCGCGAUUUGCUCGAUGCCGACAUCAAUGGCGCUUACGACCUCCUCGAACAGUGCGGCACGGCCUGCGGCGCUCUUCACGUCCGUCGGGGUGACCGAGACUCUGCCAACCACCGUCGCCUCUUUCUCUUCAUCGACACGGACCGAUUCCAGGAUCAGUCUGCCGACCGUUUCGUCUUUUCCACCGACACUUCGCGUUGGCCGUACCCGCUCGAGCGUGUCUCGGUGGCCCAGCUCGAGCCUGGUUGGCGACCGACGCUGGCUGUGCCGGGCAAGGAGCAAGUGGACGAAAAGGUCAAGAUGACCAUCUCUGGUGCUUGGCGCAAGGUCGAGCCUUUCUCUGUGCGCGCUGGUUCCGGUGUAGACGGCAAGAUGGCCGUUCCGACGCAGACGUACGAUCUUGACCUCCGAAAGGAGGACUGCACAUCGUCUGUCGCCGUGCUGACGUGCGAGGCCCCUGUGCUAGGGCGAGGAAUGGAUCGCAUCUGGCCCGCGGAUGGUGUUUGGGGCAAAGUCGAUCUGCUGCACAAGACCAACACCACCUUCAGCCACCUCGCUUGGCUCGUCGAGCGACUCCCCGACAUUACCGCGCUCGACGACUGGAUGACGGCCAAACACGAUCCUUUCUCCUGCGCUACCGCCAACUGUGCCAGAUGCGCGCCUUCGGAACCCGACAUCCAGUGGCUGGCGGUGCCAGGCAAACCCGUCAUUCCUGUCGAGAACACGAUGCAGGCCGGAUCGUACGAGCAGGCACUCAAGAACCGCCCCUCGCCGUUCGUGGUGCAGCUGCGUCUCAAGGACGAUGUCGCCCAGGUCCGCUUCGGGCUCAAUGCCGCCACUCUGAUGCACCGUGCUGUAUCUCGACUGCCGCCUUCCAAGAACGCCGGGGCGGUAGAGCUUUCGUGGCGUCUCACCAAACUCGAUCGCUCGAUCGACAUGUUCAAGCUGCCUCGCUACGCGCUGCGCAGCAACCGACAAGAUCCCGAAGCACCGACGCCGGGCCUUUUCGCUCUGCAGCUUCGACGUGAGCAGAAACGAUCGCUCACGUGGAUGCUCGAGCAGGAGCAGGCCGACGUGCAACCUUUCUACGAGGAGGAAAUCUCGGAAGGCCUGCUGUCUCCAUUGGGCUGGCGUGCAGAGGGUCGGGCGGUGCGACCCGUCACUGUGCGCGGAGGUGUUUUGGCCGAUGCGGUCGGUUACGGCAAGACGUGCAUCUCGCUCGCCCUAAUUGCCUCGUCGCCUCACCGCCAUGAGCUUCCCGCGCUCCCUGCUGGCGAAGAGGGCAACUACAUCCCCACACCGGCCACGCUUAUCAUCGUCCCCGGCCAUCUUUGUAAGCAGUGGGAGAAGGAGGUCCGCAAAUUCUGCGGCAACAAGCUCACGGUCCGUGUCAUCACGUCCAAGGCCGAGCUCAACAAGCUCACCGUGCGUGCUGUGCUCAACAGCGACAUCCUGAUUAUGUCUGUGACCGUGUACAAGUCGGAUGCGUACUGGGAGACGUUGGCCUCGAUCGCCGCCUCCAAUCCGCUGCCCAACCGCGCUGGUCGGUUCUUCAAUGCUGCACUCAAAAAGUCGCUCGAGGCGCUCAAGAAGCGUGUUCGCGAGCUGACCGGCAGCAAGGAGGACGGCAACGGCGGCAUUCGUCAGCUUUUGCGCUCGAUCAAGGACAAGGUCGAUUUCGACGACUCGCACCUGACCACGCACAAGGCGAGGAGCCGCCUGAAGGGUAAAGCGUACGUGGACGCCAACGCCGCCGACGGCAAGAGUGACGACGACGACGACGACGACGACGACAAGGAGCUCAAGGCAGCAGCCAAGAAGGGCAACAACAGCAAGGCGCUACCCAAAGAGCUGCAGUCGUCCAACAAGAAAGAUCCCGAUCCGUGGGGGCUUUCGUCGUCUGUCGUGCAACGCGACUGGCACAAUAUGACAUGUCCGCCUCUCGAGAUGUUUAUGUGGAACCGCGUCAUCGUCGACGAGUUUCACUACAUUGGCGAGACGAUGGACCGCACCCUCGCUGGCGUGACCAGUUUGCAGGCACGCUCGAAAUGGAUCCUUUCCGGUACGCCGCCUACCGCCGACUUUGCCGAUGUAAAAAGCAUUGCUGUGUUCCUCAACGUGCACCUCGGCGUUGACGACGAUGCCGACACGACCAAGGACUCGGUGCGAAAGGCGAGAGAAAAGAUGCGCACCGCUGCGGAAAAAUUCAACAACUUCCGCGAGAUGCAUUCCCCAGCCUGGCAUCACAGACGCCAGGAGGUUGCGCAGCGGUUCCUCGAUCGCUUUGUGCGUAGCAACGAACCCGAGAUCGGUGAAUUGCCCAGCCAGCAACUUAUCAAGCCCAUCCGUCUACCGGCCUCCGAGUCGGCGCUCUAUCUCGAACUCGCGCACGCAAUCGAGAAUCUCGACCUUCGUCAUCAACGCAAAGUCUUCAAAGCGCGUCCUAAGGCUAAGGCGAAGAUCACGGCCGCCCAGACCAAAGCAGGCGAGGAUUUCAUCAACGACGACGAUCUGGAUUCGGCUUCGGAUGGCGGCAGCAAGAACAAGUCGAAAAAGGCAAAGGAAGUGAACCGCAAGCAGUGCGAUCCACAGCUCGAGAUGAGCCACCGCGACCAGCGGCUCAUCGACACGCUGGGUAGCUCUGCUUCACCCGAAGAGGCGCUUCUCAAACGUGCCUCAGUUUACGACGACUUUGCCGGUGUCGAUCUCGAUGCGAUGGAAGGCGUCAACAACGCCAUCAAGGCCUGCGAGUACAUUGUGCGCGAACGACGCAGGCAGCUCGCCGACUGCCGCGAGCAGCUGGAACGCGAACUUCCUAUCGCACUCGAACAGCACCUGCUGGUGCUGCACCACUUUGGCUAUCGCGACGAAACCCGACAGGCGUUCGCAGACUAUGUGCGUAACGCACACAAUGCAGCCUGGGGCGACUCCGAGUCGAAGCAGAUGGUGCGCGAGAUCUUGGAUCAAGCUGAUUGUACAAUGACGAGCGUCACUCGUGCAGCUGCCAGGGCGCACUUCUCGAAAUCUGGCGUGUUGCAAGCUGCGCUUAAGCGGAGGGCCAAGGAGCGCGCUGCUGCUGACAAGGGCGGUGGAGCUGGCGAUGACGACGGCGGCAAAAGGGCCAAAGUGGACCCGAAAGCGGCAGCGUGGGCUGAAGAGUAUCAUUUGCGCGCGCUGGUGCACCAGCUCACGCGUCUGCGUAAUGAGCUGGUGGGUCGAGUCAAUGCGCUUCGCUUCUUUACGAUGAUCCGCGACUGCCAGCGGGCGCAUCUCGAGGGCGUGCGCGUCAAAGUUAUUUGCCCCGCGAACAAGUGCAAGCACCAGGGCAAACCUUUGGCGCUGAGCGAUGUCAGCAUCAGCUCGACGUGCGGACACAGUGGCUGCAACGAAUGUGUGCUGCGCGAAGCAUACAUCGGCAAAUGUCCUACCGAAGGCUGUGCGGCGCUCGCCAAACCAACAUCGAUCGUGCACGCUUCAUCGUUGGGCGCGGAAGACGACGGCAAAGCUACACGCUACGGUACCAAGCUCGCCCUGCUAUGUGCGCUGUUGCGCCGGAUCCCCUCGACCGAACGCGCACUGGUGUUCUGUCAGUUUGAAACGCUCACCGCCACCGUCGCCGAAGCGCUCUCUGCCUACGGCAUCUCGUUCGUCCAGCUGACGGGGACCGCCAAACGCCGCUCAGACCUGUUGGAGGCGUACCAGGAGGAGUCAGGUGCCCGCGUGCUGCUGCUCAAUGUGGACGACGAAUCUGCGGCGGGUUCGAACCUGACCGUGGCCAACCACGUGAUCUUUGUGGGUCCGUUGCUGAAGCAGGAGCAGCAGCAGUACGAUGCCACUAUGACGCAGGCGAUCGGCCGAUGCGUGAGGUACGGCCAGGUGAAAAAGGUGUUUGUGUGGAGGCUGAUCAGUAUGGAGACGAUCGACCAGGAGGUGUUGGAGAAGCGGGAGCGCUUAAAGAUGCUUUCGAAGGAAGAUAUGGAGAAGAGCGACAAAGGGGUCAGUGCAGAUGCCGGACUCGUGACGGCGGCCAACGGCGAGACGAUCAAGUCGACGCUCGUGGUGGAAGAGCUUGAUGCCGAGUUUUCGAAUGCCUUGAAGGGGCCUCUUGUGCUGCAGGAUGUUGGCGGAGGUUCCGGUAAGGCUAAGCGCAAACGCGACGCGGAAGAGGAAGAGAAGACUUCGGGUAGGAAGGCAAAGAGGCAGCAGAAGAAGCCUCGUAAACAGGUGGACAGCGAAGAGGAAGACGAGGACGACUUUGAAAUGCUGCAGGAGAAGUCGACGCCAGCGAAAAGUCGACGUGGCAACGCGAAGGCGGCUCUCAUUUCGGAUGAUGAGGACGAGGACGAGUGA